CUUUCCCAAUCAACUUUCCCAAUUGUUUACAAAAAUCAAAACACUGAAAAAUACGCUUUUUUAAGUCCUUCUAAAAAUUUACUUACAAGACAAGGGAAAAAAGUCAUUUGUGACCUUUCAAAAAACGCACGGCAAUGAAUACAUUGAAUCGAUUGUGCCGGAUUUGUCUUAUGCCAGAGGAUACGGUGACUUUUCAGAGAAUUUUGGAUUGUACAAAGAGAUUUGCAUUGGAUUUGUUUUAUGUCACUCAGAUUAAGAUAAUUGAAAUCGACAAGACCGUUCCAGCACUCAUCUGUCCACGUUGUACUAUUGACCUCACAUCAGCUUCAAGGUUCAAAAAGAUUUCUCUUGUUGCUGACUCAUAUUUCCACAAACUCCUCCAACCACAUGAAGAUCAGUUCCUUAAUCAAGACAAUAAUGAAACUAAAGAGCCUGAAAAAAUUGAGGAGAUUCAACAAGACGAAGAGGUGAAGGACGAGGAAGUGGAAAUUGAAGUCCUUGAUGAAUAUUUAGAUGAUAUAAUUGAAUAUGAUGAAUUUGAGGAAGUUCCAGAAGCACUUAAAGAUGACAAUACGACAGAAGAAUACUUCUUGAUUCCAAUAGAAUCGGAAAUUCCUCAAGAGAAACCAAAAACACCAAUUGAUGUGAAAAGGAGGAUAGUCACUGGAAACAAGAACAUUCACGAGUGUUUUUGUGGUGCGAAAUUUGUUUCUCCACAUAGAUUAAGUAAUCACAUUAAAGUAAGACAUACUGAGAUUCCGGAUGAGGACAAACUAACGUGUUUGACAUGUGGGAAGAAAUUUAAGAUCCAGGAGUAUUUAGAGCUACACAUAAGAAACCAGCACACAGACAACCCAAUGAAGCAUCGCCAAAAAGUUCCUUGCUCCAUCUGUGGAAAGGUCUUAAAAUCAAUCGUAGCACUCAAAAACCAUGAAGAUAAGCACAUCGCUGAUUCUCUACCAGAAAGUGAGACUAAGAAGUUCUCUUGCGACUUGUGCGGAAUGAGAUUCCGUUUGAAGUGCUAUGUCUUUAAUCAUAUGAAUAAUGUUCAUCUAAGGAAUAAAUAUCCAUGCGAGUUCUGUGGAAAAGGAUUCUAUAAGAAGUAUGAAAAGAUGGAGCAUGUAGUGAGGAUGCAUACAAAUGAACGACCAAUUUUAUGUGAAUAUGAGGGAUGUGGAAAGACUUUUGCAAGGCAGAAGAAUUAUAAUAUCCAUAAGAGAAUCCAUACAAACGAGCGUCCGUUUAGCUGUGAAUAUUGCGAAAAAACUUUUAUACACUUCAUAGACAAGAAGCGGCAUGUAAUGACCCACACUGGAGAACGUCCGUAUCCUUGCAAAAGUUGUCCGAAAGCAUUCAUGAGAAGAGCAGAGCUUGAGGUUCACAGUCGAUCUCAUUUUGGAUACUAGAAAUUAUAAAAUUAUUUGAUUAUAGACAUAAAUAAAAGCAUAAAUAUUAAUUCAAACAGUUCAAUCUAAUUCAACUCGA